AACAAUUGGAUGAAAAUACAGUUGGCCAAAAUGUUGGAUCUUUUCUCAGGCCUUAAACGAAUUAUAAAGAGAAGAGCGGUUCAUAUCGAUAACGCAGUGUUUCGUCUCCAUUGGCUCUUAACUUCAGUUAUUUUAAUUGCAUUUUCUGCUGUCAUAACUGCCCGACAAUAUGUUGGUCAACCGAUUGAUUGUUUAAUAGAAACGAAUCAAAUUCCAGAUUCUAUGAUCAAUACCUAUUGUUGGAUAUCUCAGACAUUUCUAAUCCCAUCUGCAUUUAACAAAAGAGUUGGUGUAGAGGUUCCGCAUCCAGGAGUUGAUAAUUCACGAAAUCUGGCCACAAAUGAUCGCAAAUAUUAUGCUUAUUAUCAAUGGGUUUGUUUCGUGCUUUUCAUUCAAGGCGUACUUUUUUACGUUCCGUAUUAUUUGUGGAAAGUAUGGGAAGGAGGGCUCAUGAAGUCCAUCACAAUGGGAAUGCAAAUUGCAAUACUUGCUGAUGAGGAAAGAGGUUAUAAAAAGAAACUAUUAAUUGAGUACUUGUAUCGUCACCUCAAACUACAUCAUUAUUAUGCAUUUAAAUACUUUUUCUGUGAGAUCUUAUGUUUGAUUAAUAUUAUCGGACAAAUGUAUUUGACGGACAAAUUCUUUGACGGAGAGUUCAUGUCAUACGGUCUGAAUGUAAUCAGUUAUACACAGAAAGAAGUGAAACAACGAAACGACCCAAUGGUGUAUAUAUUCCCGCGUAUGACUAAAUGCACGUUUCAUUUCUAUGGAUCUUCUGGUGACGUUCAGAAGAAGGACGCCUUAUGUCUUCUCCCGCUGAAUGUAGUGAAUGAGAAGAUUUAUAUCUUCAUCUGGUUCUGGUUCGUCAUUUUAUCGAUCAUCACAUUUUUGGUCAUAAUAUCGCGACUCUUCAUCUUCUUCUCCGUCAGCAUUCGGUCGCGAAUUCUGAAAACUCGCUGUCGUUUCUCUAAUUCUAAAUAUUUAAACAUUAUUUGCAAAUAUGGAAAUAUUGGAGAUUUUUUUGUACUUUAUUUAUUGGCUAAAAAUAUUGAUCCCAUUAUUAUGCAAGAUAUUGUCGCAGAGAUCGGUAAGCGAUUGGAAAGAAACGAAUUUAUUACUCAUUUGUCUAAUGGAGACACAGAAAGAAUUAAUAUGUUAUGA